AUGGCUGUCCCAUUGCCACCAGCGUCCAACCUCCAUGCCAUCCUCCUUGUCACGAAGUCGCGCUCGCUAGGGCCUCGUCUCGUAUUCCACUAUCCUCCGCUGUCGCCAUCGGCAGCCGCUCUUGCAGCCGCCAAAGACCCAGCCUGGUUUCGUCACGACGCGUCCACAGCAAGCGGCGAUUCGCGCAGCUCAGAUAGUGACUGGGACAGCAGCAGCGACUCGGAUGACGAUAACGAUAUCGAGAUAGGAAGUCGUACGAGCGGCGGCCGAGGAUCCGGAAGAACCUUGACCGGCCGAGUGAGCGACAGGUCCAAGCUUGGCGCUGGCGUAUGGGGCAAGCAGGAGACCAUUGACGAGGAAGAUGCCGAGGAAGAUGAUGACAACAGCAGUAGAGAACGCAGGGGAAGGGGAGGCGACCACGAUUGGGACACCGUUUUGGGCUUCAAGACGGACGCACUGGAGAAGAUGCUGAGUCCCAGCAAGGACUACAACAAGCGGCGCUUCGAACUGGGCGUAGAGAGCAUUGUCUUCGUCGGCGCGCCCAUGUUUGUAAGAGAGGAUGGGCUCUGGAAGAAACUCAAACGGAAAAAGAAGAAGCGAUCCGACAAGGAGAAGCUGGAAGAUAUUCAUCUGGCAAAGAACCUGCCCACGGCGGCUGCCGACGAUGACGAAGAUGGCGCUGAUUCUCCCGAACCACCCCCAAAGCCUGCCCCUGAGCCAUUUAGAUACCCAGAAGGCUUCGAGCCUGGUUACGGGCAUGACUCCAUGUCUAGUGGACCAUCGGCAGCCCCGUCAGAAGCUGGGUCCGAUACUCGAAGCAACUCGACUACACACGACAAUAACCCCGACAUGACCAUGUUCAAUGUUGUGUUCGUGCUGAAUCCGCCUGUCCUAGAGUAUCAACAGCGUGUCAAGGAAAUGUACGACAACGUCACGCGCAAAUAUGCAAAGGCACUCAAGUACGAAGAGGCGCGCUUCCAAUAUGUGUGGAAAGAGUCGAAGCGCAUCAUCGACAUCAAACAGCGAGCAAAGGAAACCAACGAGUCUCUUACAGAAACAUGGCGCAAGAUUGUCAACACAUCGCCCCUUGCCAAGUCCAUUGCAAUCAUGUUUGAUGCAAUAUCGCAUGACAAGAUUGCACACAUCCACUUCGAUGCUACCUUUAACACGUCGUUUCAGAUACCUCAAGCAGACUCCACACCAUAUUUGCCCAAUGCCAUGGAACCGCAAAUGCCAGGUUUAUGGCUGACAACUUCGAAUGUUGUCCUCGAGGACGAUGAGGCACCCAUGACACAGCAUGCUGCAUUACUGCUUCUUGAAGAUGCCGAGGUAUUGAUCAAAGACCUCGGUGGAGAUGCAUCAGGCAAUGCUGCUGCUAUAGCCUUCUAUAUUCGUAAUAUCAUACCCACCAAGUCACUUUUGAAAAUCUCCAAAAGACACAACAUUUCCGCCCACGACAUGGAGUAUAUAGCGAGUCACCUCGUCUAUUGGCGGCGGGCGCGACUCAUUGCGCCCCUGUCACCGCGCGAUACAUACAUUGUCAGUCCAAACGCCGACAUGACGGUUCUCCCCGCCGCUAUUGCUGUCUAUUCACAACGCUUCCCUACCUUGCCUACUUUGCCAAAGAUAUUGAGUAUGCUUUCUGGUACACCCCGGCCGUACAGAAGUUUCAUACCAACAGCUGAGCACCGCGACGCCUAUAUAGAGAUUCUAGCUUGGCUAAUGCGAGGUGGCUGGGUGACCCAGUUACGUACCUUUGCUUGGGUGCGUGUAACACCGGAGAUCAAAGCUCAAGUCGCUACGGAAAUGGAUCGUGAGGAGCGGAUUAAGAAGGCGGAAGAGGCGCGCAAGGAAUUGCUCGGGGACAAUGAAUCAAAUGCGGAUAGUUUGCUUUCUAACAAGCGUAACAGCUUACUGUCUUUGAGCUCUGCAAGGACAUCGUCACCGUUACGACGUACUAGAAGGGAUGGAGAAGACGAAAUGGAAGCGAGCACAAUUCUGAGCCCACGACUAUCGUCUACAGCAAUGACACGCAGCUCUUCUGCGCGGACUGGCUCAGACGCCGGAAGCACGACUAGUCAACGAACAACAAUUGCGCUCAAUCCAGCCCAACGAGCCGAAUCACCAUCACAUAUUGGUCUUCGAGACGUCAGGCCGCAUCGACCCUCGCCACUGCACUUGAAGCCUACUUCUCCCUCUCCAUCUCGCAAUUCUAUCGUCUCCCCAACCUCUCCCCUAGAGAAACCGCCACCCUUGGAUCCCUCGUCCUUUACCCAUACCACUAUUCUCUCGCCUCAAAAGGCAUCUUCUCUUGAGGCCCGAUGGUUGGACAAGAUUGCGCAGACCUUUGAAGAAACUGGGGUCGAGUCUGCAAAUCCAAGCCCUCCAAAGAAUACCGAGGGUGGAUUUGGUGGCAUAACGGGAAAAGAGCUUAGAGAAAGCUGGCCAAUGCUCUUGAGGCAUUUGGAUGGAGAAUGCAAAAGCAUCAUGAUGUCAUAUCUACGAUGCAUCAAGUCCCACCGGGGAAGCAACGAUCCCGAAUGCCGCAACCUUUCCAAGUCAUACCUCUCUUGUCGCAUGGACCGGAAUCUCAUGGCACCCGAUUCUUUCAAGAAUCUGGGAUUUGGUGACGAGAACGAGAGCCCUCAAACAUUGCAGCCCCAAGAUCAAAGCAACUCCCGGAAAUCGUAA